CAGCUCAUCUGACCUUCAAAGAUGUCACGCACGUCAAUGCUGAAUAAAUCCUCCUCCACCCGCCUAACCUUACUCGCAUGGUGUGUGUAAUGAUUAAAAUAAAAUAAAAUAAGAAAACAAGAUCCGCUAAUUUUUGUUUCCGUGUAUUAAAUUUGAUCUUAAACUUUUAAGGGAGUGUUUAAUAGUUUGGACUGUAAUGGACAAAUUCAACCUGUUUAAGAAAGUAAAUUGUCAAGAGGGCGGUGGAUUUUUACGAAGAGCAAAUGAAGGUAGUUUACACGAAAUAUUCAACAGAUACGCCACUGUGGACAAAAAUGGCGAGAAGUUUAUGACCGCUGAAGAUUUCGUUAUAAAAUAUUUAAAACUCUUGGACGACCAAAACUACAACAAGGAUACAGUAAAGUUGUUGGCAGCAAUCGUUGAUACCAGCAAAGAUGGACUCAUUUCUUACCCAGAAUUUCAAGCAUUCGAGGGACUCCUAUGUUUCCCGGAUGCUCUGUAUAAAACAGCUUUUCAAUUAUUCGAUACUAAUGGAAAUGGCAUGGUUAGUUUCAGUGAAUUCGUUGAGGUAAUGAAGAAAACUGAACUGCACAGGAAGAUUCCUUUCAACAUGGAUUCACCGUUCAUCCAGCUGUAUUUCGGUAAAGACAAGAGCCGCGUAGUAUCCUACAACGAAUUUUCGCAGUUUCUUCAUGACUUCCAUGAAGAGUACGCCAUCGAAGGUUUUAGAAGGGCAGAUACAAAUGGCAGCGGGUUUAUUUCCCUCUCGGCCUUCCAAGAAAUUAUGACCAGUAUAAAAAGUCAUCUAUUAACCAAACAAGUUCAGUCGCAUCUAAUCGAGGCAGCGACAAUAUCACAAGGAGGUAGUCGAGUAAGUUUUCCAUAUUUUAUUGCAUUUAACUCCUUAUUAAAUAAUAUGGAAUUGGUCAAACGCAUUUACCUUAAUGUCACCAACGGUCAUAGAACACAAGAAGUCAGCAAGGAGGAAUUUAUGCAUUCAGCCCAGGCUAUGUCACAAAUGACGCCCUUAGAAGUCGACAUAUUGUUCCAAUUGUGUGACGUUCUUCAUCAAACAGGAUUAUUGCCAAAAGAAGAUAAGGAUUUUUGGGAUGGGAGGAUCGUGUAUAACGAUUUAUACGCCAUUGCACCCGAGCAAUACUUUAAGCAAAUUACGAAUCGAUUGGCCGAAAUCCACGCUGUUUCGAGCCCGGAAGAUAGAGGAGUUGUUAUUCAAAUUUUAGAAAGUACUUACAGAUUUGCAUUGGGUUCGAUUGCUGGUGCCGUUGGUGCUACUGCAGUAUACCCCAUAGAUUUGGUUAAAACACGUAUGCAAAAUCAGAGAGCAGGCUCCUUUAUUGGAGAGUUGAUGUACCGAAACAGUUUUGAUUGCUUCAAAAAGGUUAUUAGACACGAAGGUGUAUUUGGAUUGUACAGGGGACUGGUACCUCAACUACUAGGAGUCGCCCCAGAAAAAGCUAUUAAAUUGACGGUAAAUGAUUUGGUCAGGGACAAACUUAUGGACAAAAAUGGUAAUCUUCCAAUAUGGAGUGAAAUACUGGCUGGUUGUUGUGCCGGUGGUUCACAAGUCGUAUUUACCAAUCCUCUGGAAAUAGUGAAAAUCAGACUUCAAGUUGCUGGUGAAAUUGCUGGAGGGGCAAAAGUACGGGCAUGGACAGUAGUUAAAGACUUAGGUUUCCUAGGACUUUACAAAGGUGCAAGGGCGUGUUUCCUCCGUGAUAUACCUUUCAGCGGUAUCUACUUCCCAGUCUACGCACACACUAAGGCUAAAUUCGCCGACGAAAAUGGAUACAACAGUCCAUUGACACUUCUCUCGGCUGGUAUGAUAGCUGGUAUGCCUGCAGCAGCCCUAGUAACUCCUGCUGAUGUAAUUAAAACUAGGCUGCAAGUCGUUGCUAGAUCAGGACAAACGACCUACAAUGGGCUAUUGGAUGCUGCUAGAAAAAUAUAUAAGGAAGAAGGAUUUAGUGCGCUCUGGAAAGGAACUACAGCUCGUGUCAUGAGGUCUUCCCCACAAUUUGGUGUUACCCUAGUCACAUAUGAAUUGCUCCAAAGAUAUCUCUACGUCGACUUUGGAGGAACUCGCCCAUCGGGAUCCGAACUAAAACAGAUAUCAACGAUAGGAGAUACAAAGAAACCUGCCAAUCCAGAUCACGUCGGUGGAUACUCAGUAUCCCUUCCAAUCUUCUCAGGAAUCGAAAGCAAAUUCGGACUUUGCUUACCCAAAUUUUCGGUACCACAAAAAUCCUAAAGAAAUAUUUUUGUUAGUCCCGAAAUAGGUUUUAAAAAAAUCUUUUUGUUGUUAUCGCUGCUUCAGAAUUGUUAGUUCGCUUGUUUCGUAAUCAACAAACACAUCUAUUGCAUUUUUAUAGUAUAUUUUUAUAUAUCGGUAAUAGACAUAUUUGGAUUAAGAGAUUGUAAAUUAAGAUAUGAAAAACCAUUUUAAUUAUGCAUAGUGUACUCAUAUUCAGACCUAUUCUGUAACUACAAAUAAAAUAGAAAUGAGUCAAAUCGAAUAGAGGUCAGCAAGUCAGAUCGGAAUUUAUAGGAAUUGGUAUUCUGUAACUCAUCUCGACCUCUACUAUCGGGUAGAAAUUGAUUUCGACUACACAAGUCCUGUCGAGAUCACAUUUCGACAUCGUAAUUUGUCUUGACGCUUGCACUUUGGCAAUAUUAUGGUUGUUUUCGCGUUUAUUUGUUAAAUUAAUUAGUGAUUUUAGUCUGUGUUGUUAUUUAUUUAGAUAAUUGUAUAUUUAAUUUUAUAUACUGUAAAAUGGGGUGAAUAGGAACAGUGGGGUGAAUAGGAACAAAACUUCACUAAACAAUUACAAUAAUCUUCCUAAACAUGUAUAUUACUUUCGUUGGGCUAUUUAAUUUUUUUCAAGUUGACUAACGUGAUAUGGCUUUAGGAAAUUUAGGUUUGUGUUGUUGGCGUCACUAGUUCCUAUGUUCUCGGUGUUCAAACAAAGUCGUUAAUUGUGAGGAUAUUUCUCAUCCUAAAAAACUUUCUCAGUAAUUACAAAAUGUCUGUCAAAAUAGCUUGAAGAGUAUUGUUUUUUGUUUAUUCUAACCUUUACAACAAUAUAACAUGAUGAUAUUUUGAUUUAUCUGUUAACUUUUUUUGUUAACAACAAUUAUUACUGUUCACGUCAUGAAUUUGAGAUAUGUGGGGUGGAUAGGAACAUAAUAUUUACCGUGUUGCCAUUCACCCCACAUAUUAGAAAUUACUUUUUUAUCUAAUAUCUCCAUAGAGUAAGUCUAAACGAAAGAAUAUCUCAUCUAACAACAAAUUAUACAUAUUAUAUUGAUCCACACAAAGAGAAUAGAAAGAACCAUGCCUUGCAAGACGUGUUUCUAGCGGUUAGCUAUCGUCUCCAAUGCAAAACAAACUUCUAUCGGGGUUCUCAACCACGCGUGGUAUUAAUGAACACAAUUUUUCCAAUUAUUAUGGGUACUAAUUAUCAGCAUCCGGCUCGAAGGACCAAAUGUGGAUUCCGUAAAUUUGUAAAUAAAUAUUUAUAUGGUUUUCUGCAAACAUUAGAACUGCUGGCCAAAAAGUUUAAAUGGAUGUCAAUGUCAAGACACAACAAGACCCAUGAAGAUUAUGUGUCGCAAAAUAGUUGAGGAAUGAAAAACAGGACCGGGCAGGAAUGAAUCCACAAUAGUUAAAGACAAGUUUCCUAGACUAUUAAAGAAACUGGUUAAUAGUCUUUCAGAGAAAAAUGCCAAAUUCGAGUUUAAAAAAUAUUUUUCAUUUCAACAAUCUCUUUUCCAACCAUACAAACUAUAUAUUUAUUUGUGUAUGUUACUUUACACCUUAGACACUUUUUACCUGUUUCUAUUGACCCUACAAAUGUACGAAUUGGAACACAAUAGUUUUUAAUACAGGUGUUCCCAUUCAACAACAGGUUUUGAUUUUUUGUGAUUAAAGUAUUAACUUUUUAAUUUAUUAACAUCUAAAUAUCAAAAGAGGAAGGCAAGACUCAAAUAACAAUGGAUAAGUUUUAUAUUUGCAAUAUGUCUUGUGUUAGUGACAUUUUUUUCAGUUGAAAGUUGAAAACCGUUCCUAUUCACCCCAUUUUACGGUACCAAUAAUAAAAUAUGCAGCAUCAAGGUUAAUAGAAAUCAUUAAACAUUUUAAGAAUUGCUGCUCUAAUUAAUUUACUGGUAGAAUGUGUAGAUUUGUACGUAUCUAGUGUUUCAAAGUCUACCAUGUAAUUUAAAUGCUCAGCAAGGUUUUUUCUUUGGUGUUCGUGUUCCCAAUCGGUGUUCCACUUGCCAUUUUUUAUUCUGGUUUUAUCGAAUUUGUCAAACUUAACCAAAACCAUCCAAAAUAAACCAAAAUUUCUUCUUUUUUUGAUGAAUUCUCCGCACAGAACACUUAUUUUACUUUACAGUGCGGUGCUGCCACCUCCUCCUGAGCGCGUCAAAUAGAAGUUGACGUUUUCGAUUUACACUGAUUACGAUGUGAGUUGCGGAAUGCUAAUCCAAACACGAAAACGACGCGAUAGAUAUCGAACAUUCCGAUUUCUGGUAAUUACGAUUCGACUUGGUCAUUUCUAUUCGAUUUGUUAAAAGUUGCAGAAUAGGGUUGAUUAAUAAUGUCGUUGGUUCGUUAAUUUUUAUUAAAUCCGAAAAUAUUUACAAUGAUAUAUUAUAUAUUUAUUUAUAUAAUCUACAAUAAUUAUGAAUUGGUUCAAGAAAUAAAUCAUCAGUUGUCAAUACUGUCGAAUGAAACUGUUAGCAAACUUAAUUUUUACAUAAUCCUUAAAAUGAUUUCCUGUAGCGGCUGUAUAUUAUUAUUCACAAAAAAUUAGUAAAAUCCCUACAUCGCGUUUUCGACGUUUUCGAAAUAAAAAGUUCAUCAUCAUUGCUGUUAACAGGUUUUUAAUAUUCUUGAGCCACCAAAAGAUAUAGGUGAAAACCCUAUAAAUGUUGUACAAUUAUAGAAAGUUUACAUAUUGCUUACAAAUGUCUUACAAUUAGAGCAUUAAUAUCUUGAAACGGUCUAUGUCUAUAUUGUUUAAAAGACGAUUUAAAUUAAUAAAAAUAAUAACUGCCAUUAGUUGAUCUUAAGAUUUUUCUAAAUAAGCGAAACAAACGAAUUUUAUAACAAAUGUGAAAUAUUUUAUUGUACAUAGGAACUAGGAUAGGAAUAUAUUUUUUUGUGUCCUUUAUUUUUAUUUAAAAAAGUGAAACAUGUUUUGUUAUCAGGAACUGUGAUAUCUAUCCGUUCUGUAAUUUCUUUUCUGUAAAUUGUAGAAUAUUAGAAGUAACAAAAACAAAAUAAAUUUUCCAUAAUUAUUGAUAUUAUUGUAUAGUUAUUGUAUAUUGUAUAUCAUAUAUUUUUUAAUUUAAAUUUAUAGGUGACCAAUGACCAUUGUUUUCGUUAAUAUUUUGAUUUCUUAUAUAAUAUUUUUGUUAAAUUAGUUCACUAGAUAAAAUUCAUAAGUUGAAUGAAGUUCUUUAAAAUGUAUGAAAUCAAAUUUUAUGUACUUCUUAUAUUUUACAAUUAUUUUAAUGGUUAUAAUGAUUAAAUCGUGUAUUGUAAUCUUACAAACAAAAUAAACUUUUUAGUUCUGCUAAAGUCUGUUGACCACUCUGCGUUGUUAACCUAUUGUACGAAAUAAAUUAUACACAGUUAAAAUUA